GCAUGGCGUCAUAUCCGUUCCGGGAGCGAAGCGUUGCUGCAGAAGACGAUAAACCGUGCAGCCUUAAGGGCUUCUGAAAGCAGCUUUGACCAUGGUUAAAUGCGUGGUCCAAGGCUGCCCUAACAGAAGUUACGCAAAGACUGAGCCCACAAAUCGACCUCGCAAAAGGUUUUUCAGUUUUCCUAAAGACCCAGCCAGAGUUAAAGUUUGGCUAGCCGCACUGAGAGAGACCGACAAAGUGCCUUCAGAUGAGCAUCGAAUAUGUGAAGACCACUUUCUGAAAGACCACAUAACGCAACGCGGAAUAAGUGAAGAUGCGAUACCUAUUAUGCCACCGUAUUUGGAUGGACCGCUAGCCAUGAGUGCUGGAACCGCCUCUGAUGAACAAGACGACCUCUCAGAUGCUGCCGAUUUGCAGGAUGAAGGUGGGGAGGGUCAGUCGUGGGAGGCAGAGGCCCCUGAAAGACCGGACUCCGUGGAUGAAACGGACACCUUCACUGCACAGGCAUCGGCUAUGACAUACGGUCCCCAUAAGUGCAAAGUUGAAAACGAUUUCUCCUUGCCGCGGUACCGCUGCGACGUGUCGUUGGGCCGGCUCACCAAGCGCUUCAUGGAGCUGCUGAGCACGGCCCCCAACGGCAUCGUGGACCUCAACGAGGCGGCCCGCGUCCUGGGGACCCGCAAGAGGCGCGUCUACGACGUCACCAACGUGCUGGACGGCAUCCAGCUCAUCAAGAAGCGCAGCACCAGCCAGAUCCAGUGGGUGGGUUCGAUUCCGGCCGGCGAGCUGGGCGUGCAGUGGAAGGACAAGCUUCGGGAGGAGCUGCUGGACCUGUCGGCCAUGGAGGAGGCCCUGGACGAGCUCAUCAGAGACUGCGCCCAGCAGCUCUUCUUCCUUACCGACCACAAGGAGAACGCCGACUCGGCCUAUGUGACUCAUGAGGACAUCUGCAGGAUCGAGGCCUUCCGGGAGCAGGUGGUCAUUGCCAUCAAGGCUCCUGAGGAGACCAGGCUGGAAGUCCCCACGCCCAAGGAGGAUGGUAUCCAGAUCCACCUGAAGGGCUCCAGAGGCCCCAUCAGUGUGCUGAUGUGUGAGACGGGGGGGCAGGAUUCGGAGAGGGCGGCGGGGGGCUCCUUCUCAACACUGGAGGAGAGCAGGAUACACACUACACCUCUGCUUAAGGACAAAUCAACUCUUCCUCCCUCUGUGAAGACCCCUUAAAGACCGAAUUUACCUCUGCUCACCACUUUACUCAACACUACUCUUUGCCCUGCGAGAGACUUUCAUCAUAGACAUUACAAAUUGCAGUACAAUGAGCCAUUUGCUCUGGCUGAGUUUUUUUCUGGGACACUAAGUUAAUUUGUAUUUCUUAGCUGAUAUUUUGAGGAGUAGGUUUUAUUUUAUUUUUUUGUACAAGAGACAAACAGGGCCUUUCAUGUAAGGAGAAGUGCAUGGAGCUCAAAUUGUAUCAAAAUGAUUAUGAUAGUAGAUUUAUUUUUAUACAUAUAAUUUUAAGAUGAGAACACGAAAGAAAAAUGAUCAUGUGUCAUGAGUCCCUUGGUGACUGAGCGAAUGACAUGCAGAUUAAAGUGUUGAUUUAUCCUGUCUCUAUUGCACUGCAGUGUAAACAUGUAGGCAUUUUAAUUUUGCUGCAAAGAAAAUAAUGUAAGGCUGCAAAUUAUGUACUCCUGAAAUGUGUGCCUAGACAAUGUGAAUAUUAAACAAAUGUAUACCUAUAAAAGUUUUUUUUUUUUUGUAACAUCGUGAUACUGGUUUGGUCAUUUGGGUAAUAUCCCUCGGUGUUCCAAAUCACCAUAACCUUUUGUGUUAAUAAUUCUGUGGCGUUCUGCUAAAUUAAUCCAGCUAGUACCUUUUUCUGUUACAAUUCAAUUUGCAACUCAGCCUGUCUUUGUUUCUCUGGAAUUGCAGAUUUAAAUAAUGUCAUCUAGAGCAAUAUAGUUUUUGGGCUUGUAGUUAUUAGGUAAGCCAAAGCUUUGACUGGUGUUCUUCUACUGAGUUGUUUCCCCGCUGCCACAUGUGUACUGGGUGACUAACUGGAUGUCCCAAAGAGUUGGCAUAAUUUUGGCCGGCUCUGCUCCCUGUAAGCCUGUCUCUAGGUUCUGCAACAUUUAAGGAGAUUAUAUAUAACCUCUCUUAUGCCCUGUGAUGUGGAUUAAGUAAAGGUAAUGCUCUUGAA